AUGGUUGCCUCCGCAUUCCAGACCGCGGUCAUACAGCAAACGUCGAAAGAUGCCCCAGCAACAUCGCGACUCCCGCUGACGGUUACCACGAAGAAGCCAAUUCCCCACCUUCCUUCGCCCCAUCAUGUACUGGUGCGCGUUCAUGCCGUCGGCCUUAAUCCCACAGAUUGGAAGAUGAUAACGCACUUCUUCAUGGAAGGAAAUACGCCAGGCUGUGACUUUGCUGGUGUUGUAGACUCGGUCGGGGCCGAGGCUGCAGAGUCAUUUCCGCCAGGUACCAGAGUCUGUGGCGCUGAUUUCCCCUACCGGCCGAACAACAAACUCCUGAAGUUGCCAGGCAAAUGGAGUGAUGUGAAUGGCGCAGCUCUUGGGGCCAUUGGAUGGGGCACAGUCUGCAUGGCACUUUCUGAUGACGGAGCUCUGGCACUCAAGGGUACUCCAAAAUCACCCGAUGAUUCGGGCGCACCCGUACUUGUGUACGGCGGAGCCACAGCUACCGGCUUGAUGGCCAUUCAAAUGCUGAAAUUGUCAGGCUAUACCCCGAUCGCAGUCUGUUCCGAGUCGUCGGCCCCUCUCUGCAUCAAGUACGGUGCCAUAGGAACGGCUUCAUACACAGACAGCGACUGCGUUCGAAAGAUCAAGGAACUGUCAAAAGGGAUUCAAAUCAAACAUGCGCUUGAUUGCAUCACUGAUGCCGACUCUGCUGCAGCUUGCUUUGCCUCUCUAUCCCGCGUGGGAGGUAGAUAUGCCUGCCUUGAAAACUGUCCGGAGCAAUGGCGCACCCGCCGGGCGGUGAAGGUCAAGGUAGUCAUGGGCUUCGAAAUGCAGGGAAACGACGUUGACCUCGGCCACCCCACGUACGCACGAAAAGCAAGUAAGAAGUUGUUUGAUAUCGGUGUGUCAUGGACGAAGGAGAUGCAGGGGCUAUUGGACCAGGAUAAGAUUCAGACGCAGCCAGUACAUGAGGUCAAAGGUGGCUUUGAGGGGAUACUCGAAGCGCUCGAGAUGCUUCGUCGCGGUGAUUCCAAGGGUAAGAAGCUCGUAGUCAAUAUUGCAGACACAUAG